AUGGAGAGAUUGAGAUGUCCAAUUCACAAUGAGUCAAUUAUAUUCUAGAGACCAAAUUAACCUGAUCCAAAAUCAAACUCAAGAAAUCUUUGUAAAAUCUGCAUAGUUCAAAUGGACAAUAAUUUGAAAUUAAUAGAGGACAGGCAAUAAGAAUUAAGGAGACAAAAAACUGAAAUCUAGGAGGAAAAAGAGCUAGAAUACUAAAACAGCAUGUCAAUUUUAGAAGAGAUAAAAUAAGACCUUUUAUUUUUUGAAUAAUAAUUUAAGAUUUCGUUUAACAAAUACAUAGAUUCUAUUGAUCAAUACGGGGGGUUAUUCAAAACCUAAAUGACCAAGUUUUCGAAUACAAUAAAGAAACUUUCUGUGGCUGACUCUCAAUUAUUUAGUAGUUCAUGUAAAGAACUAUUAAAGGAUACUCCUAACCUUUCAGAAAUAAAAAAGAGUCUCUAGACCAACCUUAGUAAACUAAACUCAUAAUAAUUCUUGAACAAAUUACAAGAAAAAAUAAAUAAAUUAAGUUAGGAUUAAAAUAUCGUACAGCCAAAGUUAGACUAAUCGAAUUUUGAAAAAAAAGAUAUUUACAAUUUAUAAUGUCAAACACAUAGAAGCAGCAUUGUUAUGGCAGACUUAAAUGAGAAGAGUACAGUACAAAAUAGAUUGGUUUGCUUGUCCUGUGUGGAACAACAUUAAAUCAAAUUUAUAAGAAUUGAAAGAGUUCUUGAGUUAAAGUCAAUAUACUAUUAAAAUCUAGUAAAUAACUUUGAUAUGAAAAUUGAAUAGAUUAUUCAAUAAUAAGAAGCCUAAAAUAAAUCACUAGAAGAUUUAGAAAAUACAAUCUCAUAAUUAAUUUAAAAGUACAAAAGAGAGUAGAACGAGGAAUUCAACAACUACUUAUAGUAUAUUAAAUAAAAAAAAAAAAAAACUUAAGAAACAUGGUCAGCUGAAAACUUCGAAGGGAUGACCAUAAUUGUAAACAUACUUAGUUAACCAAAUUAUAUAGAAUAAUUCGAUGAUUAAUUAAAAGAGGACUUGAAAAGCUUGGAGGAAAUUUAGAUUAUUAAUUUGAAUUGUUUCAUCUAAAAUUGUUAAGGUAUUUUAAGAAAAUUGAAAUCUGGUGGUUAAAUAUUGGAAUAAGAAAUAAUUAACAAAAAUGAAGAGAAAGCUGAAAUUAGUAGGAGAGAAACAUAAUCAGUACUAAAAUAAUAAGUACUAACAUAAUAAGUAAGACAAUAAUAAGUAAUUCAAAGUUAAGAAUAAAAAAAGGUUGUUAAAUAUUAGCUAUUGUAAUAAUGCUCAAUUAAACAAGUUGAGAUUUGUUAUGCACUUUCAAUUAAUAAAGAUUCCUCACUAGUAAUUGCUGCAUGUAGGAAGAGAAUAUUGAUAUUCUAAUUGAAUAAUGGAUAAUUAAUAAUUAUUCAAACAAUCCAUAAUUAACAUACAGGCGAUGUUUAUUGUUUAACUUUUUUUAAAAAAUCUAAUUCUUUUCUUUCUGGGAGUUAUGAUUAAUCUAUUAAAAUUUGGGAAAGAAAAACCAGAACUCUUUAAUGGACCUGCUAAUAAAAUUUAGAUUUGCAUACAAGUAGUAUAUUUUGUCUGAUAUACUCAAGAAAAGAAGAUCUUAUAAUAUCUGGAAGUGCAGAUAAUACUAUUAUAUUCUGGGGACUAGAUAAAUAAUGGAUGCGUAAACAAGUUAUUAAAGAUCAUACCAAUACUGUUUAUGGCUUAAGUCUAAAUGAAUCUUCAAAUAUAUUAGUUUCAACAGGGAGGGAUAAUAAAAUAUUGGUGAUUAAAUUGGAAAAUGAUAUUUGGAGUGUUUGUCAAACAAUUACGAAUGACGACUUUGGAUUGAGAAUAUGUUUCAUAAAUAAUGGUGCAUUUUGUUUCUAACCAAGAAAUCUUAAUNAAAAAUAAAUAAAUUAAGUUAGGAUUAAAAUAUCGUACAGCCAAAGUUAGACUAAUCGAAUUUUGAAAAAAAAGAUAUUUACAAUUUAUAAUGUCAAACACAUAGAAGCAGCAUUGUUAUGGCAGACUUAAAUGAGAAGAGUACAGUACAAAAUAGAUUGGUUUGCUUGUCCUGUGUGGAACAACAUUAAAUCAAAUUUAUAAGAAUUGAAAGAGUUCUUGAGUUAAAGUCAAUAUACUAUUAAAAUCUAGUAAAUAACUUUGAUAUGAAAAUUGAAUAGAUUAUUCAAUAAUAAGAAGCCUAAAAUAAAUCACUAGAAGAUUUAGAAAAUACAAUCUCAUAAUUAAUUUAAAAGUACAAAAGAGAGUAGAACGAGGAAUUCAACAACUACUUAUAGUAUAUUAAAUAAAAAAAAAAAAAAACUUAAGAAACAUGGUCAGCUGAAAACUUCGAAGGGAUGACCAUAAUUGUAAACAUACUUAGUUAACCAAAUUAUAUAGAAUAAUUCGAUGAUUAAUUAAAAGAGGACUUGAAAAGCUUGGAGGAAAUUUAGAUUAUUAAUUUGAAUUGUUUCAUCUAAAAUUGUUAAGGUAUUUUAAGAAAAUUGAAAUCUGGUGGUUAAAUAUUGGAAUAAGAAAUAAUUAACAAAAAUGAAGAGAAAGCUGAAAUUAGUAGGAGAGAAACAUAAUCAGUACUAAAAUAAUAAGUACUAACAUAAUAAGUAAGACAAUAAUAAGUAAUUCAAAGUUAAGAAUAAAAAAAGGUUGUUAAAUAUUAGCUAUUGUAAUAAUGCUCAAUUAAACAAGUUGAGAUUUGUUAUGCACUUUCAAUUAAUAAAGAUUCCUCACUAGUAAUUGCUGCAUGUAGGAAGAGAAUAUUGAUAUUCUAAUUGAAUAAUGGAUAAUUAAUAAUUAUUCAAACAAUCCAUAAUUAACAUACAGGCGAUGUUUAUUGUUUAACUUUUUUUAAAAAAUCUAAUUCUUUUCUUUCUGGGAGUUAUGAUUAAUCUAUUAAAAUUUGGGAAAGAAAAACCAGAACUCUUUAAUGGACCUGCUAAUAAAAUUUAGAUUUGCAUACAAGUAGUAUAUUUUGUCUGAUAUACUCAAGAAAAGAAGAUCUUAUAAUAUCUGGAAGUGCAGAUAAUACUAUUAUAUUCUGGGGACUAGAUAAAUAAUGGAUGCGUAAACAAGUUAUUAAAGAUCAUACCAAUACUGUUUAUGGCUUAAGUCUAAAUGAAUCUUCAAAUAUAUUAGUUUCAACAGGGAGGGAUAAUAAAAUAUUGGUGAUUAAAUUGGAAAAUGAUAUUUGGAGUGUUUGUCAAACAAUUACGAAUGACGACUUUGGAUUGAGAAUAUGUUUCAUAAAUAAUGGUGCAUUUUGUUUCUAACCAAGAAAUCUUAAUAAAUUAGAUAUAUAUGUUUUGAAUAAUGGAUAAUACACUAAGACCAAAGAAGUGUAAGUUUUAAAUGGAGAGGAUUGUGAAUCUCUUUUUCCUUAAUAAUUCAUUAAAUAAAAAUAGUUGUUAGUAAGUAAAAAUGGAUCAAAUUUGAAUUUUAUAAGUGUUAAUCCUAAUUCAGAAUUAACCCUGGAUUUUUCUAUUGAUUUUAAUUGCAAAAGGCUGUAUGGUACAUUAAGUAAUGAUGGUGAAUAUUUAAUUACUUGGGAUGAAAAAUAAAAAGAGAUACAAGUUAGGAAGUAUCAUUUAUGA